CAGUGUUUGCCGCAUGAUCCACGUCUUCCUUGCAGGCAAACGGGGCUCUAGGCCUGAAGGUGAAGCAGCCCAGCCCAGUGAAUCUUUGGACAGUUGAAAAGAUGGGAAAUGCAGAAAGCAAUGCCUAUCAGAAUCACCUGUCCAGAUUCCUUCCUGAGGAGCAGUCUGACAUUGAUGGAAUGUUUGAUACCUUAUCAGGACUGAGUGGCUCAGUUGGAGCAAAAGUUGCCAAAGCUACGAAGAAGACUGUGACUCUGGCAGCACUACAGGCACACACGAGGGAGCCUCUGCCAGAGCACAUGACUCUUAGGUUGUACAAUGGGAUGAAGAGUAUUGACCUGCCUGGGAAGUCAUCUGGGCUGAGUGAACAGAUUGCCAAGGAGCAGUUUGUUAUUUUUAUGUCGCACCUCUUAAAAGGGAAUGCAGAUGAGAAGAUUACCAUAAUAAUGAGAAUGAUCUCCAAGACAGGAGGGCCUGUGAAGGGCAAACAAAUCCAAGAGUUCACAGAGGAUCUGAUCACAUCUAUAGUCCAUGUGCUGAGCUACAGGAAGGAACUGAAAGGUUGGAAUUUGGAGAAUACUAGGGAUUCUGCAAGUGGAGUAAAGGCUUUGGCUUCUCAGCUGCUCUCAGAACUGAAACUUGCAGAUGGGACAAAACCUGUGGGUCCUCAGCUGCUGGAGACAAGUUUUGACCAAAGUGUCAUUGAGGACUGGGUGUAUAGAGUUCCACAGAUCUCAGCUUUCCUCAGUGUUGUUGUCAGACAAGGCCUCCACGUUCUGCAUUCUCUCCCAGACCAAACCAAUGACAUACUCAACCUGGUUCCCCGCUGCAAAGGCAUCAAAGGACGAGGACUUGUCAGUCUCUUUGACAUCCCAUCCAUCAUCUACAUCAACUCCCACCUGCCUGCAGAGCUCCAGCACAAGUGGCAGCUCUUAUUUUCUUCUAGGCUCCAUGGAGAAAGCUUUUCCCAGUUGUGUGGGCACAUAGUCAACAAAGGGCCCUGCAUAGUGAUCUUAAAGGACUUGGAUGGUUAUCUCUUUGGUGGGUUUGCAUCUCACUCCUGGGAGGUAAAGCCACAAUUUCAAGGUGACAACAGAUGCUUUCUGUUUUCUGUAUUCCCCUCUCUUGCUGUAUACACAUACACAGGGUACAAUGACCACUACAUGUAUUUGAACCACGGCCAACAAACUAUGCCAAAUGGACUGGGUAUGGGUGGACAACAUGGAUACUUUGGGCUCUGGAUAGAUAGUGACUAUGGGAAGGGACACAGUAAAGCAAAACCUCGAUGCACCACCUACAACAGCCCCCAGCUGUCAGCCAAAGAGGAUUUCACACUGGAUGCCAUGGAAGUUUGGGCAGUGGGAGAUGUUCCUGAAAGUGCAGCGGCAAAAGGCAAGAAGAGUAUCCUGGAUGUGGAUCCUGAGGCUCAGGCCUUGCUAGAAAUGGCUGGAAAAAGUCGUCAGAGCGAAGGUCUCCGAGAACCCAUUGAAGAGGAUGAGGAUGAGGAUAAUUAG